GUUUGACUGCAGCAGACAGUUGUGGUCUGUCCGAAGAGUCCGGGGGUGGACCAGGAUGUGUCUCCUGGACUCAGACCUGAUCUGAAACCAGCACGGACAGGUCUGCGCUCCUGAGGCUGUGGGGACGCUCUGGAACUAAGUAGAGCUGGGAUCAAUAAAGUACAUCUAUCCAUCUAUCUCUCUAGAGCUGGUCUGAGCUGUGGCCAUGAUCUGAAAAGUCAGCUCUUCUUUCUGUGGAGUUCUUUUCUAAAAUAGGGUUUAUUUUGUAAUUUUCUCUAAAUCUCUGUCAAAAAGACUGUGGUUUGUGUAUAUGUAUAUAUAAAUAUAUAUUGACCUUUUAGAUCCUGGUCACGGUUCAGGCUAGUUCUAGUUGGUCUAACUAUAGCUGGUCUGAAAGUGGGUCACCAACAGGGAAGUUGCCAAGUGCAGGAUUGGAUGUAGCCUAUACAAAUGCACAGGAGUGCGUGUGUGCGUGCGUGUUGAAGCUUCACUGGGACUCUGGGACUGGCUUCAGCGUUGUUGGGCCUCAUAUUUCACUCAGACUAAAUGUUAGGUUGGAUACAUGCUCUGCUGCACAUGUAUAUUGCCAAGAAUUCGGAUUACACAUCCUGUUUUCUGAUCUUUACAUUGCACGUUUAGAAAAACUGCCUUGUUUAUAGUAUUUCCAUUUUUUAUUUUACAUAGAAUUAAUUUUGAUUCUUACCACAUUUUCCCCUUUCACUGCUUCUUUCUUGUGCUGCUGUGCCAAUUGUGCAGUUCUCAUACGCAAGCUCAACAAAGGUACAUCUUAUCUUAUCUUAUCUUAACAUCAUCACACACCUUUAUUUUUGCAACCUCUGAGGCUUUUGCUUAAAUUUACAGUUAAUAUUAAACUAUUUGUAGUGUUACACGAUAUGGUCUAAAAUUAUAUAUAGAUUAAAACAUGUUUUAUCAGUUUAUCUACAGUUAAAACAAGAAAGUUUAAAGACAGAUUUUUGCUCAUGAGUGAAGGUUGUGGUUUUAAAUGGUUCUUAAUGGGCAGAGAAUGAUAAACGCUUGUCCCUUUUAAGACUUUUGUUAUAUUGCUAUUUAUGAAAAUUAUAUUGUGUUAAAUAUUUAUAUUUAUUGUCCAGCCUUAACUAGUUGCAUUUAGUGGUUUUUGACUUUGACAUCUCAAAGCAGGGUUCAAACUGCCCUCCUGAGUGACUCAAGGAAUAGUAAAUAGACAGUGUGUACAAAACAUGGAUCAGGGGUAAUAGUAACACACACCUACAGUCACACACACAUAAACACACGUAAUGCGUAUUCCUGGCAACAGAAGGGAUAAUACGCUGGAAUUGAAAUAGAUUGAGAUUAUGAGAAUGAACUUUGUACUCAGUGGUACCCAGAAACAAUCCCUGAACAGAACAAAACACUAUCACAAUAAAAUACACAUCAGAAUAUAAAUGUACAUACAUUUUGUAUGUUGUAAUACACAAUCUCUAUUUUACGUAAUAUUUCUUUGCUUUGUAUGUCAAUAUAAUACAGGUUCAAAACUGAUAAGAACUCAAAUAUUCUCUUGUAAAUAUCCUAGAUGACCUCGAUGACUCAACUGAUGCUGACCAUCCACUCACAUUAUCAACAAGUUAGGUUAAGUUACUUUAUUUGUACCUGUAGCCAGUUUGAGUGGCAUCCAUCAACACAAUUCAAAAUCAUAACACUGGGACAGAAGACCAGACCACAAAAACCAGGACAAACUAACCAGCAAAGAGAUUACAGUGGCUUCCAUAUUCUCCCCAGGCGAAGGACACUUUCCAAUGCAAUUAUUAUUUAAUUUAGAAAGUUGUGCUCUGUCACGUUUGUUGAUUGUUGGUGCCACAACUUUACACCUGUGUGUUUUUGCUUUUGAUACACAAAGUUAGUGCAGCCUAUGACUUUGCUUGCUCGUGACACACUGGCCGACCUUUUGUCACUGACACACAUUCACCUGGAGGGGUCUGCUUGAACUUGUAGCCAUAACUGUGCAGGUUGCGGCUUCGCAGAGUUAUAAACAAAUAACUGCGGUGACUGAGUCUACGUGAUCUCAGUUUCGGAAACAGAAAAAAAAGAGGAGUUAACAAACUUUCAAACUUUUCCUGAAAAACAUCUGUGUGGAACGGGGCCCCAUGUUGACUGUUCACAGGCCAAUUAAGCUUCAGUACAGUCGUGUUUACCGAGCAGAGUUGGAUGGCAUCCUGUGUACACAAAGUGUGUGGGAUAGGAAGAGAAGGAAAAUGUCAACCACCAGCAACAACACUCCACUCACUAUAGUGUGUGUGUGUGUGCAUGUGGGCCGUUGCAUAUAGUGUAACUGAACAACUCCAAAGUGGACGACUCAAAUACAGAACCCCAUGCAUUUUAUCUGUCUGUUCCUCAAACAUUAUGUGGUGUUGCUUGUGUACAUUAUAAUCAGUGGUGUGCAGGGAUUUUUACACACAGGCAAACAGAGCUGUGGACCUAUCCUGUUGUCAUGGUUAUAUUUGACAAAGACAGUGUUGAUGGUGGAGCAUAAUAUGUGAGAACAACUGUUAUAACCAUGGCACGUGAGAGCAGCGAGACAGACCAGAGCGCAGAGAGUACGGGAACUUAGCUACGGGUUUGAGGAAUUGCACCCGUUUGUCCACAGCUAUACUACUAGCUUCACUCUCUGCAUCAUAACAGAUCUCACAUCAGUGGAAGCGGAAUCCUUUUUUCUGGCAUAAAACUAAUAAAAUAAUACAAAUUGUAGCAAUUCAAAGUGCAUGUCCUUCAGGUUGCUUGUUUCUGGCUGUCAGGUCGCUGUCAGAUUGAAACACAGCCAUGUCCAGAGACUUUUAAACCUUAAGUAAAUACCUUAAAGUAAAUAUACGAAAUGUCAAACUGUAUGUAUGACCCAUUUCCACUCAAGUCUGCCUGACCUAAAUCUGGAAAACCAGGUGCAAGUAGCAUCAUCAUCAUUAUUACCAUCUGACAUCAGACACCUAGCCAAAGAGAAGCAGUUUCAGCCAGUUAGUUGUGAAAUGUGAUAUCCUCCUGGUAUAUAGUGAUCCGUAUGCCCGUCUGGGAAAGUAUAAUAAUUUAUUUCCGAAGCAGUAUGAACUUCUCUAUCAAAUUAACCAGGUAAUGAAAUGUAUUAUUUAUAUUUAGCAGUUUUUGACAUUUUAAUAUAUUCUUUUAAACUUUAAAGGCUGAAGUGAGUGGAGGCUCAAUGUGGCCUUUUAAAGUGUUGUAGCACUGAAAAGGUCUCUAACUGUAAGCGGUGUCAUAUUCAUAGACCUCUUUCAUUGGUUCUAGAGGAUCACACCCCCUUUCCUGUUCAACGCCCACCACUGGUGGUUGCUGCCUCUUCUGUCUUCACAUUUCAUCUGCUAUUCUCAACAAAGCAAUUUUUAAACUUAUAAAAGCUCUUGUAUUGUGUCAGUGUGUUUACACCAAGAUAAGAAGAGAACACUCUUUCAUAAGCCAGAUGGGCUUUGUAGACAUUUUUUACAGCUUGGUUUUUAUUCCUGUGUAAAGAAUAAUUUCAUUAUUAAAUUCAAAUGAAGCGUGCAUGAAUGAAUUCAUGCAAAGGAACGCUUGAGUGACCCCAAGCCAAAGGCUUCUGUGGAUGCAGCCACCAGUUACGGGCACUUGUUAGAGCUUGCUGUGGCUUCUUUCAAAACAUGGUAACUGUGAAUGUUUGGCUCCAUGCAACUGUAGCUCAGUGACUUCAUUAGAAUUCAAGUGCAUCCAGACGUACUAAUGUAGGACUUUAAUCAUUAGGGCCUUCCAGCUACUGCUUGUGUGUGCAUUUGUGUGCGAGUGUAUGCAGCUUGGAAUAGCCAAGCCAUGUGAUUCCUCCAGAUUCUAUUUCAGAUAGGCGAGGCCUCGUUGAACGCUCUGCACUCUUCACGGCAGCUUGAAAGAUACGUAGUCCGGUGCGAUGUUUAAUCACCGUAUCUGUCCUCAUUCUGUCAAGACCCAACCGACAGGUGAAGCGUAUCUCUAUAGGUGGUUUCAAGUUCGAACUCUGCCACAUGGAAACAGGGUACGUGACCUCUCCCCUGCUCCCCUGUGACCUCUGAAUCCCAGCCGACCUUCUCCCCUUCCCCCAGAGGCCGGACUGUCAUCCAUGGCGCUGGAGAAGCUCCUGCGUUUCGGGAAGCGGUUGCUGCGGGUGAAGGUGGUGAACUGUAACUCAGAUGACUCCCGCCUGUCGCGAUGUCUUAACACUUUUGACCUGGUGGCCCUGGGCGUGGGCAGCACGCUGGGCGCCGGCGUCUACGUGCUAGCCGGGGCUGUUGCACGAGAGAAUUCGGGUCCUGCUAUCGUGCUGUCUUUCCUGAUAGCAGCCUUGGCCUCAGUGUUGGCUGGUCUAUGCUAUGCUGAGUUUGGAGCCCGUGUUCCCAAGACAGGUUCAGCUUAUCUGUACUCCUAUGUGACAGUAGGGGAGCUGUGGGCGUUCAUCACUGGAUGGAACCUCAUCCUCUCCUAUAUCAUCGGUACCUCCAGUGUGGCCCGUGCAUGGAGCGCCACCUUCGACGAGUUGGUAGGGAAGCGCAUAGAGCAGUUCUGUAGAGAACACAUGUCUAUGAAUGCUCCGGGUAUAUUGGCAGAAUACCCCGACAUGUUUGCUGUUGUCAUCAUAUUCACCCUCACAGGUCUUCUGGCAUUCGGGGUAAAAGAGUCAGCCAUGGUGAACAAAGUUUUUACAUGUAUCAACGUCCUCGUCCUGUUGUUCAUGGUGGUCUCUGGGCUGGUCAAGGGUACCAUGAAGAAUUGGCAACUCGAUCCUGACGAGAUCCUUAAUGCCAAUUACACCAGUAACUCCAGUCUAAAUCUGACAGUUGUCCUGCCAAGCAAAGAGAGUUUAGGAGUGGGCGGCUUCAUGCCAUUUGGUAUCACAGGCGUCCUCUCAGGAGCUGCUACCUGCUUCUACGCCUUUGUCGGGUUCGACUGCAUCGCCACCACAGGUGAAGAGGUGAAGAACCCCCAGAGAGCCAUCCCUAUCGGCAUUGUGUCCUCGCUGCUCAUCUGCUUCGUCGCGUACUUCGGUGUCUCCGCUGCCCUCACCCUCAUGAUGCCGUACUACCUGCUGGACAGCAACAGCCCUCUGCCUGUAGCGUUUAAAUACGUGGGCUGGGGAGGAGCCAAAUACGCUGUAGCUGUAGGCUCUCUGUGUGCUCUGUCAACCAGUCUGUUGGGUUCCAUGUUCCCCCUACCCCGUAUCAUCUUUGCCAUGGCUAGGGAUGGCCUCCUCUUCUCCUUCUUGGCCCACGUCAGCGAGAGGAAGUCCCCCAUAUCGUCCACUAUGGUUGCUGGGGUUAUGUCUGCUAUCAUGGCCUUUCUGUUCGACCUGAAGGACCUGGUGGACCUGAUGUCCAUAGGGACGCUGCUGGCCUACACAUUAGUGGCGGCAUGUGUCUUGGUGCUCAGGUACCAGCCGGAGCAGCCUAGAAUGGCGUAUGAGAUGGCCAGCACCCAGGAGGAGAUGGAGCAAAGUGACGGCAUCAGCAUUCCCAGUAUAGGCAUCCUGCCCGGUAUGGAGGAACGGUUUAGCUUCAAGACGAUGCUAUUCCCAGACAACCCAGAGCCAUCCAGGUUGUCGGGCUUCACCGUCAAUGUCUGUGCCUCUGUCAUGGGAACGUUGAUCCUGGCGUUCAGUGUGCUGGCUGUGCAGGGAGGCUUCGCUGUGUGGAACAUCGCAGUCCUCACCUUCAUCUUUAUGGUGUGCCUCUCCCUCACCUUCAUCAUCGGGAGACAACCGGAGAGCAAGACAAAACUAUCUUUCAAGGUUCCAAUGCUGCCGUUCCUCCCAGUGAUCAGCAUGUUCGUGAACGUCUACCUGAUGAUGCAGCUGGACAGAGGCACUUGGAUACGAUUUUCCUUCUGGAUGGCCAUAGGUUUCAUGAUCUACUUCGGUUACGGCUACCGUCACAGCGCUGAGGCCGAGAUGACCCGCUCGUCUCCGGACACGGAGAUGAUCGGCUUCAAGCAGCAUCACGAAUCGGAGGUCGCGUCGCAAGAGAAGGAGGCCUUCCUUCACAACGGAAUCCUCGCCGGGGAGGAGCUUGAGGAUGAGGAUUUGUAGGAAGCCUCGGAACAUAUGUCAACCUGCCCUGACGCCCAGUCUGUCUGUGUAAGAGUAUUUCUGAAAGGACAACUCCCAGCCCCUCACUGACGGUACUCCCUGUUGGGGAGAGUAAUGAUAAAAUAACAGUUUGGCCUAAAAUUCACAGCCGUGUAACGUCGGGUAGAGCGCAGGCGGCUGGUGAUAAAUGUAUCAUCCUAAAACAGAACAUUUAUAAACAUAACUUGUAUUAUUUCAGUUUGUGAGACAGGCUUGUUACUCCCUUGUGGUUGGCCUUGGGGUUAAGCUGCUGUCUGAAGCGGGUGGGGGGGGGGGCUUCAUGCUGGAGACAGGACACAUGUUUCAGGGAGGCUCAGAGAUACUGGGAAAACCUGAAUAUUUCAUUGUCUUCAUGUUAGGGUUGCUUCUUCAGAGAGUGUCUGGGUUACAUUUCUGGCAGCAGGACCAUGUGCACAUGAAAUUACAGCUAUCGUCUUGUUGCCAGAAAGCUCUGCGGUGAUAGAUGCAUGUAUCUGUUUCAACGUAACAGCUACUGCACUGUAUCUACAUGACUCUGGAAAAUCUGAUAACACACGUCAGUAUUAAAUACAGAUUCGUACCAAUAACUGUUAAACCCGAUAAACUCUUAUGUAACUGAUGUUGAAAUUCUCCCGACGGUGCCUCGCUGACGAGCGGCAGCUUGCACAACACGCCCUGCAGCACACUCUGCUUGUCUGUGAUGUAAUUGCGCUCGUUCAGCUGCAGAACUGGGCCGGCAGGAAGCUGUAACUCACACUUCCCAUGUGUCCGACUUUCAGUCUGAAUGAUUGCGGUUGUACUUGCCGACACUGGCAGCGUGUCGUGGUUAUACAGUGUGGUUUUAAAUCAGGCAAGAAGCAGUGGAGAACAUUAGAGUCAUGGACGUCGCAGCACAUUAUGAUGCAGGAAUUGGUGUUUGAACAAAAUUAAACACAAUUCUGCAUAUCCUAUGCAGAUACAGUCAGAGUAGGUGAUCCGGUCUAACGCCAAACAGGAAUAUUCUACAUUUUCAACAGAUAUCUGAUUUAAAUGCCUUUCACAGUGAUAGUUUUUUAAAUAGCCUCUUACUUGGUAAAUCUAUUACCCUGGGUGAAAGUAUGGAAUCUGAUUUGUGAAUCCUGGUACAUGUUGAACAUCAGGUGCAGACAUUGGCGGUUGCUGAAUGCCAGUGGAUAUCAAGUAUCCCUAGAUCACAGUGUGUCUUUCACAGUGCUGGCUGCUGUGUCUUUUAGCAUCUGUAGCUCAUAAAAAGAAACAGGCCGACUUUUUUUCUUACCCGCUUUCUAAAAUAUCAUUUCCAGUGUUUUUCAGAUUAUGAAUCUGACUCGACUGAAUUUUUCAGUAAAAGCCUGUGAAGAAUCUGAUCAGGUAGAAUUUCCUCACCCAUGUUCACGUUUAUUUCCAUUUUUUUGUUGCUGCUCUAUACAACUCAAGAUCUGUGAACGAAUUUUAACGUGUAGUUCCCCUUUAAAAAAGAUGAAUUAAUCAUUUAAAUGCACAUAUAUUCAUCGAUUAACACAUAUCAACAUAUCAUCAACACGUCAACAUUGUUCUCAUUCGUUUCAACCUUUCAGUGCAUUUUGUUUCUUGUUUUGGGAGUCCCUCACAAAGUUGUACAUGUGUAAUCAUUUUAACCAUGUGUAUAUAAAAUGUUGUGUAUAUUUCUUGCAGUAAAUUAUUUGUAAAUUAGGGAAAAGGAUUUUUUUUUUGAUGACUUAUUGUCAUUUUUAUUUUUUUUGUCUUUGCAUGAUCAGUGCAACUAAAACUGUUUAUCGUCAGAGUUGGUAAAUAAAACACAGCCUCAACUUUCUCAUGAUCCGUGGCCAACAUAAGCAGUAAGGCCUUUUUAAUGAAACAGAGCAGUUAUCAUGUUUUUACCGCUUUCCUUUUUUUUGUCUGGUAUGUUUGUUAGACAGAUUAUGCAAAAACUACUGGACGGAUUAUUACAUUUGAGUGUGAAACUUUGGUGCAGCUUGGUGAAGCUGUCAACGAAAUUAACUCUUCAUAGUACAACAGCACAACUAUUUACAACAACUCCAUCACUUCAUUUACACUCAACGUGUGUGUGUGUGUGUGUGUGUGUGUGUGUGUGUGUGUGUGUGUGUGUGUGUGUGUGUGUGUGUGUGUGUGUGUGUGUGUGUGUGUGUGUGUGUGUGUGUGUGUGUGUGACAGUUACAGUUCAGAGGGAAUCAUGUGCAUCUUUGGUGAACUUGGUCGUACAUGUCGUGCCAAACCUCAGUGUUUUACCCCUGACAGGAAUACUCGGUGUACAUACAUGUCCUCUAUAAAUAAAUGAAGGGAAGGGACUUCUUUCAGUCUCCUGUGAUGCUGCUUUAAAACUCUGACCUUAGCUCUCCCCUUUCGUAACGCGUGUCGGUGUCUGUGACCAGCUGCAUCCUGUUUGUCAAGUGGUUGUAAUGAAAUCAUUUUCUCUGACUUUUUCUUUUUUUGUUGACUUUUUUUUUUUUUGUAGAUGUGUGUUGCCACGUGUUUGAGAUUGUAGAAUUGUGAAAAAGAAAAUGUAAACCUUGCUGAAAAAGCACAAAAGCAGUUUGACUACUGGGGUCGCAUCGGUGAAUUUAUCAUCGUUGUCUCUCGUUCUGUUAUUCAUCGUGGGUUCUGUUUUCCUUCUGCAUUAAUGGCAACAUGGUUGAUGAGACACGUGCCUUGUGAUGACCUUGAAAGAUGUUGAAAGACUGUUGAGCCUUUAGGUCGUUACACAGCAGCUUCUCAGGAAGAUCAUGAGAUGCACCUGAAAGCUGCAGAAAACUGAGUAAGUGGACUUCUGUUGAGACAUAGAAACUUAAAUAUCAGUAUCAACAUGUAGGCAUGUACUCCUACAAGUUAAGAUUUCCUAAAUGGGUUUUUUUCUGCUUGUCACAAUGUCUGUUUCUUUUUGUUAAAGUUUGUAUGUUUCAUGCACAUCUCCCUGUAAAUAAAACGAGCCGUUAAAAAAAAAUCA